UAGUUAAUAUUGACGACUUUAGUUUGCUUCAUUUCAUUGACUUGAAUCCCUCCAUUACCUCUAUAAAUUGGGCGCAAAAUGCUACGAUUUUAAACACACAUAAAGUAGCAAGCAUAACAAUAAUCAUUCUCUUAACAUCAUCUUUAUAAGUUGUUCAUGAAGAUGUGUAAUGGAUCGAGUCUCGUAGCCUCACUACCACUGUUGCUGCUUCUUCUCAGCUUCAUAAUGCCUUCCUUCUUCGACACCGCAGUUGGGCAAAUCGGAGUGUGCUACGGGAGAAAUGGAAACAACUUGCGACCUGCGUCAGAAGUCGUAGGGCUUUACCAACAACGGAACAUCAGGCGGAUGCGGAUGUACGGCCCUAACCAGGAGGCUCUCAACGCUCUCCGCGGCUCCAGCCUCGACCUCCUGCUAGAUGUUCCCAACUCUGAUCUCCAACUUGUUGCCUCCAGCCAAGCUGCAGCCGACACGUGGGUUCGCAACAACGUCCGCAACUAUAACAAUGUCAGAUUCCGCUACAUCUCGGUCGGGAACGAGGUGCAACCCUCGGAGCCAGCUGCGAGGUUUGUCCUCCCCGCGAUGCAGAACAUCGAGAGAGCGGUUUCAGGCCUCGGGAUCAAGGUCUCGACAGCUAUAGACACCAGAGGCAUUUCCGGGUUUCCUCCAUCAAGUGGGACCUUCACGCCAGAAUUUAGGAACUUUAUCGCACCGGUGAUAAGUUUCUUGGUAAGCAAGCAAUCUCCUCUGUUCGUUAAUAUCUAUCCUUACUUCAGCUACACACAAAACAUGAGAGACAUCCGUUUAGACUACACUCUGUUCACCGCACCUUCCACUGUAGUCACUGACGGACAAAACCAGUACCGAAACCUCUUCCACGCAAUCUUAGACACUGUUUACGCAUCAUUAGAGAAAGCUGGAGGCGGAUCGUUGGAGAUCGUGGUGUCCGAGAGCGGUUGGCCGACCGCGGGAGGAGCCGCCACGAGUGCCGAAAAUGCAAGGACUUAUGUGAACAAUUUGAUUCAAACUGUGAAGAGUGGAUCACCGAGGAGGCCAGGGAAAGCAAUAGAGACUUACAUAUUUGCUUUGUACGAUGAGAAUUUGAAGCAGGGUCCCGAGAUUGAGAAGUUUUGGGGACUGUUUCUUCCGAACCUACAACCUAAGUAUGAUGUCAAUUUCAACUAAUAUCCUUGAACACUUAAAAAGGAAGUGGUAUGAGAUAAAUACUUUGUAUUGUAAAGGUUUCCAAAGAGUGGGAACUUGUUGUUGUUGUUGUUGUAAUAUUAAGGAAUAAUGAGACUAGAAAAAUAAUAAAAUGAACAUUAUAAAUUUCUAGUUCG